AUGGUCAUUGAUCUUCAUGCUCAACUUGGCAAUAGAUGGUCAAAGAUUGCCUCUCAUCUACCAGGAAGAACUGAUAAUGAAAUAAAGAACCACUGGAAUACACACAUAAAGAAAAAGCUAAGGAAAAUGGGUAUUGACCCAUUGACCCAUAAGCCUCUCUCUGAAGAAGAAGCUUCACAACAAGCUCAAGGGAGCAAGAAAAACUUAGUGCCUCAUCAUGAUGACAAGAACCCAAUAGAAGAUCAACAAACCAAAGACAAGCAAGAACAACAUCAAUUAGGUCAAGAUUUGGACAAGAAUUACAACAACACAAAAUCGAUUUCUAGUGAUGAUGGGUUUUGCAUUGAUGAAGUUCCAUUGCUCAGUCCACAUGAGAUCUUGAUGGACAUCUCUUCUUCUGCUGAUCAUAAUCAUCAUCAUAGUAAUGAUGAUCACAAUGCCAACACUAUUAACUCCACCUCCCCCUCGUCUUCUUCUUCUACCUCGUCCUCGUGUAUAUCAUCGGUAUUACCAGGUGACGAGUUCUCAAAGUUUCUUGACGAAAUGGAGACUCUUGACCUCAAGUGGCUCGCAUCGGAGGGUUCAUUAGGGGAUAACAUUAGUUUCAAAGACAACAAGUUCAACAACAAUGUUGAUACGAUGAACUUGUGGGACAUCAAUGACCUAAGCAGCUUGGAUUUGUUUAUAAAUGACGUUGAUGAUGGCUUUGUUGGAAAUGGUAAUGGAUGUUCAGGAAUAGUUUUAGAUCAAGAUUCAUGGACAUUUAAUCUCCUUUAA